CCAUGCCGCUGCCAGCCCUGCUCUGCCUCUGCGCGGCCGCCGCCGCCUCCACCGCCCGCGGUGACUACCGCCUGGCCGGCCUCUUCCCGAUGCACAGCCCGCAGCCCCGAGAUGCUCCCCAGCCGCUGGUGGACAGCUGCGACGACCCCACCACCUUCAAGUACCAUGGCUAUGCUCUGUCCCAGGCCAUGAGGUUUGCCGUGGAGGAGAUAAACAACUCCAGCACUCUCCUCCCCAACAUCACCUUGGGCUACGACAUCUACGAUACCUGCUCCGAGCCCGCCAACCUCCACGCCACGCUGCGUGCGCUGGUUCAGAAGGACGGGAGGGAGGUGGAGGUGCUCUCCACCUUCCGCAAUUACGAGCCCCAGGCGGUGGCUGUCAUCGGGCCCGACUGCAGUGAUGUGGCCCUGACCACUGCAGCUGUCCUCAGCGUCUUCCUUGUACCAGUGAUUAGCUAUGAAGCCUCCUCAGAGGUGCUGAGCCAGAAACGGUUAUACCCCUCGUUCCUGCGCACCAUUCCCAGUGACGGGCAGCAAGUGAAGGCCAUCUUCCAGCUGAUGAAGAACUUUGGGUGGAACUGGGUCGCACUGCUGGGCAGCAACAACGCCUACGGCAGGGACGGCUUAGACGCCCUCCAAAGGCUGCUGAAUGAAAACAACAUGUGUGUUGCCUACCGGGGCACCUUCGCCCUCAACGCGGAUGCCAGCAGCCAGGAGCUCCACAACCUGGCCGCAAUCCUCAGGGAUAUCAAGGUCAACGUCACCGUCAUCUUCGCCAACAGACAAAGCGUCCAUCCCUUCUUUAAGGUGAUGGUCCAGAGGAAUGUCACGGGUAUGGUGUGGGUGGGCUCUGAAGAUUGGUCGUUGGACCAAACGAUCCGGCAGAUCCCUGGCAUCCAGAACAUUGGCACGGUGAUUGGGAUCUCGGUCGAGAUGAUGGACCCCGCCAUGGUGGAACGCUUCGUGUCUUGGAAAGCAGAAAAAAGUCCUGUGGCUGAACAAGAUGACAGUGUGGAGGGAGGUGGGGAAAAUGGAGGGAGUGCCCAGCUGGACUGUACCCAGCGCUGCACUGCCUGCCACUUGUCUGCUUCUGCCCUUGAUACAUACGACACUCAGGCCUCCUUCAACGUGUACUCAGCUGUGUACACAGUGGCCCACGGCCUCCACGACCUGCUGGGCUGUGCUUCAGGGGCCUGCAGCAAAGGCACAGUCUAUCCCUGGCAGCUUCUAGAAAAAAUCAAGCAAGUAAACUUCACCCUGUACAAGAACCCCAUCUCUUUUGAUGAUGGUGGGGAUAUUCAUAAAGGCUACGACAUCAUCAUGUGGAACUGGAGCAGCAAGAGCUCUGCUUUUGAUGUGAUAGGAACUUUCAGUGUGAACCCCGACAGGCUGAUCAUUGACCAGGACAAAAUUCUGUGGCACACAGAAGAUAACCAGGCUCCCACCUCACAGUGCUCCAAGGGCUGUCAGCCAGGGGAGAGGCAGGUGCAGCAGAACCACCACCGAUGCUGCUUCACCUGCAUGGCCUGUCCACCAGAAACCUUCCUGAACAGAUCAGGAGGGAAAUUUGACCUGGUGGUUGCCUUUGUGCCCCAGACUGCACCUCCCCGUGUGGUCACCAGCAGCUGGCAUGUGCAAAUGUCCUUUGCCUGGGACAAGCAGCAGGAAUCUCCCACCUCAGAGUCACCAGCCACAGUGACAAAUCCCUUGCUGGCAGCUGGUCACUUGGCAGCCUCAGCCUACACUUGGGCUGAGGAGGGUGGGAAGGACGAGGGUGGGGAGCCCCUGAACACGGGUGAUCUCUACAGCUGCCAGUCCUGUGGGGCAGAUCAAUGGUCACCAGUGAGCAGUGAAGCUUGCUUCAAUCGGACCAUCGAGUUCCUAUCGUGGUUCGACCCCAUCUCCUGGGCACUGCUGAUCCCCACUGUCCUCCUCCUGCUGCUCAUGGCAGGGCUAGCUGUCCUCUUUGCCCUGAACUUCUCCACACCAGUGGUCAAGUCAGCAGGUGGGAAGAUGUGCUUCUUCAUGCUGGGCUCUCUGGCCUGCUCCUGCAGCAGCAUCUUCUGCUACUUCGGGGAGCCCACCUUGCACACGUGCCUGCUGAGGCACCCCCUCUACGCCAUCAGCUUCAGCAUCUUCCUCUCGUGCAUGACAACACGCUCCUUCCAGAUCAUCUGCAUCUUCAAGCUGAACGCUCGCUGGCCGGCACUCUACGAGGCCUGGCUGCGGCGGGGGGGCCCGGUGCUCUUCAUUGCCGCCAGCACGGCGGCCCAGACAGGGCUCUGCCUGGCGGUGGAGGCCGCCAGCCCCUCGGUUCCGCGCAGGAACUACGACACCUGGCCCGACCGGGUGGCUCUGGAGUGCGGCGGAGCGGGCUGGGUCUCCGCCACUGCCUACACCGUGCUGCUCAGCGCCUGCUGCUUCGCCCUCAGCUACGCGGGCAAGGACCUGCCCGCCAGCUACAACGAGGCCAAGUGCCUCACCUGCAGCCUGCUCCUGCACCUCGCCUGCUCCGCCGCCGUCCUAUGCACGCAGGGUGCCUUCCGGGGCCGGGCGCAGGCGACGGUCCAGGUGCUGAGCAGCCUCUGCACGCUCGGCGCCCUGAUGGCCGGGUACUUCUUCCCGAAGGCCUUCGUCAUCCUCCUGCGGCCGCACCUCAACACGCCCGAGCACUUCCAGAUGGCGAUCCAGAGCUACACGCGGCGCUUGGCCGAUUCCUGAGAGGCGGUGGGGGGGGCGGGGGGGAUCAGGGUUGGGGGGGCCCCGUCCCCUCCGCUCCG